GAUUAAUUUUGAAAUUGUGAUGUUUUCAUUACCAGGAACCAUGAUGAAUGACAUUGACAUUCACAAUUCGAAUAUGAAGCCUUGAGUCAAUUUUCCUAUCGAGGUUAACUUCGGAAUGAUUACUAUUUAUUACUAGGUUCUAUCUACCUAUCAUACAUCACCAGGUCAUUGAGUGUAAGUUGAAGUUUAGUAGAAGUACUACGUAGUUGUUUUCUCCCACAACUUACACUUAGUAUCUGAAUUUUCCCUUAUCUUCUAAGCAGACUGUCUUCGUUAGUAGACAACCAAGGCACUAUUUGUAGCACAGCAAGAUGUCGGACCAGUGGUGCCUCAUCGAGAGUGACCCUGGGGUCUUUACGGAGCUGGUCGACAAGGUUGGCGUGAAGGGGAUUCAGUUUGAGGAGGUUUACGACUUAGACAUGGUCCCCAAGGACGGAUGCCAUGGCUUGAUAUUCCUCUUCAAGUGUAACUCGAAGGAGCCUCGGGAGGUAUGCACGCAUCCUCCGGCAGGGCUUUUUUUCGCCAAACAAGUGAUACACAACGCCUGCGCUACGCAAGCGAUUCUUGCGGUUCUACUUAAUUCCAAAAUCAAGGAACUUGGAACGCAGCUGUCCGACUUCAAAUCCUUUACAGAAGCGUACUCUUUUCAUUUUCUCCGUCAUAAUUUUUCUGACCUGAUGAUUGAAUAUGAUGCCUAUUAAUUUGAUGAACUAGAAGGAAGUAGUAGUGUAGUGGUCUUCUUUACCUCUGGAGUGGUUACAUUCAUUCACUCACUCAAGCAACUAGCCUCUGACUGAAAAUUUGGAGUUGGAGGCUGAAAGCAACUAGCUCCUUCAUAAUUCAUGUUGUGGCGCUUGUACUAAAAAAGUAAAAUAAUUUAUUUUGUUGUACUUAAACUACUUGCUCGAUUAUGUUGCUCCUUCAUUUGUUUGUUUCUCAUCCACCACCAUGCAGGCUGGACCCGGAAUCUAAGGGCUUGGCGAUUGGGAAUCAGAACGUGAUUCGAACGGUCCACAAUAGCUUCGCGCGACAGAGCUCCUUCGAUUUUGUCCACGACAAGAACGAUCCGAGUGAUGAUAGCUUUCAUUUUGUCGGCUACGUCCCGUACAACGGGAAGGUCUACGAAUUAGACGGGUUGCAAGACGGCCCGAUUGAAAUCGGCAAAGUGGAUGAAACUUUAGGACUGGAGAAAUGUUGAACUAGAAAUUGAAAUUGUUUUAAUAGUACUGGACCUAAAGUGACAGAGAUGGAUGUGAGCGCGUUCUCGUCACAAUCUAAUGUCUUGUGGGUCUGUCUUCCUAACUUUUGGUUGUGUGCGGGAACCAGGAGUAGAAAGGCGUGUCAGCAGUAUCAAGCGGACUAUGAUAUGGAUAAUUAUUUUUCUCAUCCUCUAAUAGCGACAAAAGAUUGGAUUGCCACCGUGAAGCCGGAAAUUCAGCGACGAAUGGACAAGUAUCAGAACGAAGGCAAGGGUGAAAUCCGUUUUAACCUUUUAGCGAUAACCGAUGAUCCGUCUUAUUCUGUUGAAAAGGAAAUCACGAAGCUGCGCCAUCAGCGACAACGCGCGAAUAUCAAGAUGGUCUCCUUCGGUGAAGACAUCUUUCUUUUUAUGAAUGGCAGAACAAUGCUUCAGCGUUGUCAAUUCAUAAAUGCCGGUUCAUAUCCCUUUUUUACCACAAGCACAGAACAAUAGAAGAUUGAAGUUUUUCGUUUGCUUUUUCUUAGACUGGGAACCACCUGGUCUUAUUCUUGGCUGAUUGAUUUGUCAGUCCCUCCAGUUCCACUCCCAUGCAAAUCCAUUUUUCAUAUGUUCCGACGAGGUGGACGAUGAUGAGGCUCCAGAUGGCGUGUUAACGUUUGAGGAAUUACCGGAUGACGUGGAGGAGCUGAAGAAAAUGACUCGUGAAGCCACGGAGAAGAUCGCUUCAUUGGAGAGCAGCAUCGCGGACGCCUUAAAGCGGAAGGAGCAGUACCAGCGGGAGAACACCCGCCGAAGGCACGACUACGUCCCCUUCCUGCUGUGCGCCUUGAAGCAUCUGGCGCGCAAGGGAAAGCUGAUGGACGCGUACACGGCUGGAAAAGCGGAAGCACAAGCUGAAUUUGAGCGCAAGCGUGACGCGGCGAAACAAGAGAAGGCUGCAGCGUAAUGUGUCUGCGAAUUUUGAGCUAGUUGUUACUUGAUGAAAUCAUUCCCAUCCCUUUCCCUCCGUAAGACUAGGUAGAUGAAGAUCAUAGGAGCAGCGUUUUCAGCAACAGCCAUGAGAGAUGGUGAUUCAACGAGGAGCUUUGCUACAAGCUCGGAACCCCAUUGUGCGAGUGCUUAGUUGACUAACACGACGACUUUGUUUCUCCGGAAUCUUUUUGAUCUGGUUGAUUGAAGUUGUCUCUUUUACAUAAGGAGAAACUGGAAUUAGUACAACGAACAGGACAAAGCGAUCCUUGAGACUGCUGGACAAUAACGUUGGUCCAGUGUUGAAUCUAUGGAUGAGGCAGACAUCAAAUAGUAUCUGCCUACAGCAGAAACUUCUCAUCGUGUGAAGCAAUCCUGAAUUAAACCCCGACAGUUGCAGCUUGAAUUUGUCCCGCCCCCGGAAGAAACGGCUUGUUGUUGCAUAAUAAAUAGAUAUGCAGAGCUGGCGUUUGUUAAGAUUCGAACGGGACUUGAAUGCGCAAGCAAUUUUUAAAACAAAAUCAAAAAGAAGAGUAAUAUCUGCAGUCGUGUGGUGCGGCGAUAUUUGAUUGUGUCCAAGAGCAAGC